AUGGCCAGCCCGCGACUCGUCACCGGAUCUCCGCCAAUCGCGAUCGCUGCGCUUGUUCUGGUGACAGCAUUGCUGCUCGCGGUGCCGCGAUCGGCGGCGGACGGCGCGGAGAGCUCGGACGUGCUGGAGCUCACGCCGGCGAACUUCUACGACCACGUGGGAGGCGACUCGGUCGUGUUCGUGAAGUUCUACGCUCCCUGGUGCGGGCACUGCCAGCGCCUGGCGCCGGAUUGGGAGAAGGUGGCGACGGCAUUCAAAGACUCCGACGCCAUCCGCAUCGCCAAGGUGGACUGUCAGGCGCACGCGGAGCUGUGCACCAAUCACGAGGUCCGCGGAUACCCCACGCUCAAGUGGUUCCCCGCUGCUGGCCAGGGGGGAGUGGAGGACUAUGGAGGAGACAGGAAGGCCAACGUUUUUGUGGAUUUCAUCAACAGUCGACUUGGUGAGUGGGCGGCAGGCUUGGGUGAGUGGGUUUGGGGAGUGAGGCCCCUUGCUCCACGUGCUCCUCUCCUCUCCUCCUCCCUUUCCCGUGAUCCCAUCCGUGCAGGCACCAAGGGCAGGGUGGAGACGGAGCAGGAGUCGCGGGUGAUAGAGCUCACCACGUGGGGUGUGUCCUCCCAACCCAAAGGCACGGCCUGUCCCCACUGGAUCGUCUGUCUCCUCUGCCCUCUGUCCUCUCUCCUCCCCCCCUUCCGCGCAGGCACCAAGGGCAGGGUGGAGACGGAGCAGGAGUCGCGGGGCAGGGUGGAGACGGAGCAGGAGUCGCGAGUGAUAGAGCUCACCACGUGGGCCUUCCCCUCGCUCAUGCUGGACGAGACCAAGCACCUCUUCACCUACUACUAUGACGCCGCGUGUAAACCUUGCAAGGAGAUGACCAAGACGGUGGAGAAGCUAGCGAACAUCUUCAAGGGCGAGGAGAGCAUUGUGUUCGCCAAGGUGGAUGCGGACAACAACGGCAUGCUGGCGCACAGGUUCAAGAUCACGGAGUAUCCCUUCUUCAAGUUCUUCACGCGGACCAACAAGUACGGCGAAGACCUCAAGGGCGACCCGCUGCCCACCCUCGUUGACCUCGUGCAUUUUGUCAACCACUGGACCGGCACCACACAGUCCUCCUACGGGGUGCCUCUGGAUAAGGUGGGCCGCAUUGCUGAGCUGGACGCGAUGGCGGGAAGCUUCCAGGAAGCGUCGGAGGCGGAGAAACAGGGGUUGAUGGAGCGGGCGAUGGGAGUGGUGGUGGCGCCCGAGGUGGAGGAGCACGGGGUGUUUUAUCAGAAGGCAAUGAAGAACAUAGUGGAGCAGGGCGAGGAGUAUGUGAGCAAGGAGCAUGCCCGCCUCUCCAAGCUGCUCGCCGGGCACGGAGCGCAUCCCCCUCUCCAAGCUGCUGGCAGGGAUGAGUUGCAGCAUGAGCAGCAGUCCAUUGGUUCCCUCAAGCCUGACAAGGUGGAGAAGCUGUCGGCUCGCCGGAACAUUCUGGAAGCAUUCACCAAGCCGUGA